CGCCAGAGGCUCCGGGUUCACUUCCGGCGUGCCUACGCCUCCUCUUGCGCUCUCCUGUUAAUGGCGGGCGGUAGCUGCUGAGGGGGUUGCAGAUAACCGCUUCCCGCACCGGGAAAGUCUCCCCUGCCUCCCACUUUCUGCUCGCCGCCAGCGCCGGAGCUCGCCAGCAUGUCUGUGGUACCGCCCAAUCGCUCGCAGACCGGCUGGCCCCGGGGGGUCACUCAGUUCGGCAACAAGUACAUCCAGCAGACCAAGCCCCUCACCCUGGAGCGCACCAUCAAUCUGUACCCUCUUACCAAUUAUACUUUUGGUACAAAAGAGCCCCUCUAUGAGAAGGACAGCUCUGUGGCAGCCAGAUUUCAGCGCAUGAGGGAAGAAUUUGAUAAAAUUGGAAUGAGGAGGACUGUAGAAGGGGUUCUGAUUGUACAUGAGCACCGGCUACCCCAUGUGUUACUGCUACAGCUGGGAACAACUUUCUUCAAACUACCUGGUGGUGAACUUAACCCAGGAGAAGAUGAAGUUGAAGGACUAAAACGCUUAAUGACAGAGAUACUGGGUCGUCAGGAUGGAGUUUUGCAAGACUGGGUCAUUGACGACUGCAUUGGUAACUGGUGGAGACCAAAUUUUGAACCUCCUCAGUAUCCAUAUAUUCCUGCACAUAUUACAAAGCCUAAGGAACAUAAGAAGUUGUUUCUGGUUCAGCUUCAAGAAAAAGCCUUGUUUGCAGUCCCUAAAAAUUACAAGCUGGUAGCUGCACCAUUGUUUGAAUUGUAUGACAAUGCACCAGGAUAUGGACCCAUCAUUUCUAGUCUCCCUCAGCUGUUGAGCAGGUUCAAUUUUAUAUACAACUGAAUUCCUGCGCAGUGGAGAAGUAAAAGAAGCCGCUUGUCUCUGUGAGCACAGCUAUAUACAGUGUAGAAUAAAUGUGGUAGAAAAGUUUUUUUGGUUUUAUCUCUUUUGCGAUCCCUAAAUUGCCACCUACUUUCUUUUGUUUGAAUAGUAAAAUUAAUAUGAAGAACUAGAUAGUGGUGUAAACAAAUGUGAUAAUGUUUAUUUACUUUUGGUUCUACUCAUACUUUUUGUACAACAUUAAAGAAAAUUGACUUCUUUUUUUAUUUUAAUUUCUCAUUAAACUUCUAAAAUUCUUGUAGGUAAGGAUCAUUUUUCCCUCCACCUUAGGAUGGUGAAUGUUACAACACAAUGACAGGUUUAGGUCAGUCAAGUUUAUUGAACCCUUGCUUUGAUACCAUUCUUGGGCACAUACUCCAAGACUGUAUUAUAUUUUUAUGAUGAAGAGCUUCCAUUACUUUUGAAAACUGUGUUUGUCUGAUUGAGUCCAAGGUGCAACUCCUAAAUGAAUUGUGUUGCAGAGAACUCCCAAUAUAAUUCACUGGCCAGUACAUUUUAUAACCAUCCAGGCCUUGGUUUGCAAGCAACAGACCUUAAACGUACAGGAAACUAUUAAAAUUGGCUUGAUCAGCAAUCAUAGGAAUUGGUAUAAGAAGAGACUCAUUUAGAGCUCAGUUUUCUUCACAUAAUGGGGAUAUUAAUUAUUUGUGCUGUUGCAAAAUUAUGUGUCUUAUUCUUAAAGCCAUGGUAAAAAUAGUGAUCUGUGAAGGAAAUUUCUAAAAUUGGACGUAUUAGGUUUUGAACUCUGAGAUUGCACAAAUAUUCAAUUAACUUGAAGUUAUAUACAUAGAGAAGAAAAUUUGGUUUUAGCAAAUGACGGAGCCUUCGAAAAUAUUUUUGGAAUAAUGUGAAUCAACCAAAAACUGGGGGUAAGGCAGAGGACAGAUUUUGUCAGGUUAAGAGAAAAAUACAAAAUUUUAAAAACUUUAAAAAGUACUGAUAAAUUCAGAUCAAAUUUGAGGGAAUAAAAAAUAUUAGAGCAAAGGAGUUUGCUGGUUGUGUCGUUAUUUAAUGAUCAAAGUGUAGUGUGUAUGCCUUAUUAUAGACUUGACUGUAGGCUUAAUGUAAAAAGGAAUCUUGCCAGAUGUAGCUACUUAAGGAAAAAAGGGUUUUUAAUAGGAAUGAACUUUUGAUUAGUAUGGUACCAGUCACAGGGCUAUUUUCCUGAAUAUUGGGUGAUGACAAAGGUAUAUGAUACUUGAGAAAAUCAGGCCAAGUGUAGCUGAGCAAUUAUAUUAAUAAACACUCAAGUGUUUUUAGUUGGGGUCAUGCCAAACCCUCACAUGGUAGUUAAGUAGUGAGUAACUGUGCGUGUCCUUAGUGGUAGGUGAGUACCAGUCCCCAUGACCAAAAAUGCCCCCUGAUUUCCUUUGAAAAAGCCACUAGUUCUGUGAAUUGUCCUUUUCCCUCCUGCCCCUAACAGUCCUACCCCUCUAGCCUACAUUAGCAUAUUUCUCAUGUAUUUUGCUGGUAAGCUCAUCCAUUAGCUGCAUCCUUCAGCUAUUCCUUUAGAUCAGGGAGCAAGACCUUUAGAUUGGAGGAAGUGGAUAUGAAGAUGGAUUGAUUCAGCUCACCUUCCAUGAUUGCUUCUGAGGGAAAAGCUACAGUGGCCACAUUUCAGAUGUUCACUUUUGCAGUUUGGGGAGGAUAGAGAGAGGUAGACUUUUUGUUGUGUGUUUUAUAAAGUGCUCUCAGUAAGGAGUGUUUGAGUUGAAGAGUCAUCUGAUUUGAGGCCACUCAUGUUCUUUGUAACUUUGACAAAUUCUUCACUUCCCACUUUUUCACUUCUUCCCAAUAUACAGUAAGUACAUGAGCCAGUCAUCCAUACACUAAGGCCUAGUUGAGAAAAGCCUUUGAUUCAGGAUGGCUGGGUUACUAACCUUGGAAUGUAAGAGAUCUGGUUUUGAAUGUAAAAUUCGUAACACAUAAACGGAAGUCUUAAAAACUUUUUGCUCUGGUCAGUUACAGGUGGAUCCCAAUAAUUUGUUUUUGGUUUUCUGAUGGAAAUAAUAGAACUAGGGGAAAUCAAAUCUGGUUGGUAGAUGUCUACAGUAUUAGAAGAGGGUAUAAGUGCACUGUUUAACACUAAGUUCUUUUGAUACGUAAGUUCUAAUACUUCCAGAAACUGUGCAUUCCAGAUCUACAUACUAAAUGCUGAAUCAUUUUGAAAUGGGCUCUUGAUUAAUAGACCCAUAUUUUUUAGUGGCUCCUAUGUUGUACAUUUGUCUAAAAUGAAAGCUCUCAUUUGCGUUCUAAAACUACAAUAUAUGUCAUCUUAUUUUCCCUGAGUAAUCCAAGUAUAGUGCAGAUUCUAUAUAAAACUACUAAAUGACACUGGAAUAUGUUGAAUAGAUUGGGGGAAAAAACUAUAAAGUUUUACACAAUUGUUUGUAGUUACCUUUAGGAUGGACUUACCCCUUUGGAGAAGAGUGAAAUUUGUUUUUUCGCCAUGUGAUGGAAGACCAUUGUGAUUUUUUAAAAAAGUAUAUAAUACUUAAAAUGGCAUAAUAAUUCUGCACUUGAAUUUGUACUGUUAACAGCACAUUUGGAAGAAUUUUAAACUUUUUAUUGUCUUAUAACUAGCAUUCACUUAUUAUUUUGGAUAUUUAAGGGUUCCAUUAAGUUAACAUUGUAUUUGGACGAAGUGUAACCAAAUUAGCCAGUCUGUUUUCGUCCAUGUUUAAUUAGAAGUGAGAGGUAGAAGUACUUCAAAUUCAACAGGCCAGCAAGCAAUCGGCUUAAAAUUCCCUUCCUUAAAUGUUGUGCUCUUAUGCUCUCGGCUUUUUAAUGACUUUAUUUUUACAGUACUUGUUCAGUCACUUGAGAUGAAAUGCUUGGGGUAGCUUUUCCAUCCUCAAACUUAAUGUUUUUACUGUAGUUCAUAGUGUUUGGAACAGUAUGUGCCAAUCACUGAGACUGCUUCAGAGUUUGCAGUUUUGUAAGUUUCAUUGCCAAAGAAGGCUUAGUGGUUGUUGACUGUAGUAUAAGUCAACUUUCUGUAGCAUAAGAUUUGAUUUUCCCAUACUUACCCCACUUGUUAUACAUCAUUGACUAUUUGGGUUAAACUGGACUCAUUUCAAGCAGUUUGCUUUUGUUGUUCAAAUCGUGAUGAGAAACUUAAUACUGUAAUUUGAUUUGAGCCAUAAAACACAUUUUAAUAUUAGCUUGUAUUAUAUUUAUUAAGCUUGUUUUUGUGGGGAAAAACUUACUAAAACCUAGGUAAGUCUAGAUUGGGCCAGUUUAGGUGUAUUUUGUAUUUUAGUAAUGGAUCAUAUCGUAAAAAUAGAGAUAAAUUGGGAAGAUAUAUUGAUUAUGCUGUUCUGUUGAUGGAAAGGUCAUGUAUUUAGAAAUUUAAACUUUUGGUUAUUGUGUUUAUAUCAUAGUAUACAAGCAUCAUUUAUAGUUUGGCUUUGAGAACUUUUCUGGUAUUACGUUUAUGGGAAAUGUAUAAAAGAAACAAGUUUUGGUUAUAUUUUUAUAUUUGUAAAGUAAAAGUUUGGUUAAAGUGAUCACUGUUCUUUUUUUAUUUUAUUGUCAUUUCAAUAAAAAAUAUUUGGAAGAGAA